AUGGAUUAUAUCGAAGAAGUAUUCAUGAAAUGGAAUUACAUCGACAAGAAGCCUUAUGAUAUAUGCCACAUGAUUGAAGAAGCUGUCCUAGUUGCUGGAAUCAAAUAUCCUCAUCAAUUUGACAAGCGCAAAAACAGGAUAAUCAGGAUGAUAUCGAACCCAAGUAGCUUCGAUGAUGAGGAUGAUGAUGAAGAUGACGACACUAGUACUCUUGAAGAAGACAAUGAUACCACUACUCUUGAGGAAGAAGAUAGUGUCGUUGGUGAUGAAGAUGAAGUGACCAAUGCUGAGGAAGAAACACGGCAGAGCCAGAAACAAAUUACAAAGCCACUCAAAAUUAGAAUAACUUACUCGAAAACUGCUCAAGUUGCUCCUCUGGAAAACCACAACAAUUGCAAUGCAAUUACUCUAGAGUUGAAGAAAACACCCGAGACGCAUGACUUGGAUGGUCUUAAAGAAGAAACACAACGACAGUCCCAUAAUACUACUAUGGGAUCAACAAAGAGGAUGUCCACCAAACAUGUACAAGUUGCUCCUCCUCGCAUAAAACUUCUUUCUGAUUUUUCUUUCGAGAAGUAUCUUGAUGGACACAAACAACUAAACAAACAGAGUCAAAAGGGUUUCAAGAAGAUGGAGACUGACCGGAUUCAACACAAGAAUUGA